AUGGCAUCUUUUAACAAGGAAUUAUACCAGCGUUUGCUGUUUUUUGCUGUAUUUCUGUCUUUCACAGGUGUGAUGUGUUUUAGCGAAUUGUUUUUCAUAAAAGAGCCUCAUGAUGUGACCGUGAUGAGGAGAGACACUGUCAUUUUGGACUGCCAGGUGCACGGUGAGGCUCCAAUCGGCAUCCGGUGGCUAAAAAACAGAGUGACGCUCACCGAGUCGGAGCGUGUGUACCUGCUCACCAACGGGUCGUUGUUCAUCUCGGAAGUGGAGAGUCGAAAAGACAAAUCAGAUGAAGGGUUCUACCAGUGCCUUGCCCAGAACAAAUAUGGAUCUAUUCUGAGCCAAAGAGCUCGUUUGACUAUCGCAAGUAUAUCGCCCUUCACGCAGCAGCCUUCAUCUAUCAUGGUGACAGAGGGAUCGGUUGCCCGAUUCACCUGUAAAAUCAUUGCCACACCCCCACCAAUCAUUACUUGGGAGUUUAACAGAGUCACUUUACCACUGGCCACUGAAAGAAUCACAGUGCUGCCCGGUGGCAUUUUGCAAAUACAGGGAGUUGAACCGAGUGACGCUGGUAGUUACCGCUGUGUGGCGACCAAUAUUGCUAGCCGACGCCGAAGUACAGAGGCAAUACUAUCCGUGACCGCAGCUUCAUCUCCUAGAAUCCCUCAGAGGCCUCGUAUCAUCGCUGGGCCGCAGAAUUUGACUGUAGCGACUCACAGUAUCGCUUUGCUGGAGUGUAUGGCGACAGGAAAUCCUCGUCCACUCAUCUCAUGGAGUCGUGCCGAUCACAAGUCCAUUGACGUCUACAACACGAAAGUUCUCGGCAACGGAAACCUGCUUAUAUCCGACGUAAAGCCCCAGCACGCGGGAAUAUACUUCUGUCGUGCAACUACGCCCGGAACGAGAAACUACACUGUUGCAGCUGCUAAUAUAACUGUGCUAGCUCCCCCCUCUCUGGUGGAGUGGCCGGAGAGUGUGACUCGACCCAGGGCUGGUACCGCCCGCUUCGUGUGCACGGCAGAGGGAUUUCCGUCCCCUCAGAUCACCUGGCUGAAAAAUGGAGAACCCGUUCACGCAAAUGGACGCAUCAAGAUGUACAACAGUAAACUGGUGAUAAACCAGAUCAUUCCAGAGGAUGACGGCAUAUACCAGUGUCAAGCGGAAAAUGAGCUGGGUUCAGUUCUGGCCAUGGCUCGUCUGAUCGUAGUAAUGUCUGACAACCGGCCGAGCGCGCCCAGAAACGUUUGUGCCGAUACCGUCUCAAGUUCAGCCAUCUUGCUGGCUUGGGAAAGGCCGAUGUACAACUCAGACAAAGUCAUCGCUUACUCUGUGCACUACAUGAAGGCAGAAGGUCUAAAUAACGAAGAGUACCAGAUUGUUAUCGGUAACGACACCACCCGGUACAUCAUAGAUGACCUGGAGGCGGGGCGGAACUACACAUUUUAUAUCGUAGCGUACAUGCCCAUGGGUGCCAGUCGCAUGUCUGACCACGUCAUACAGCAAACACUAGAGGACGUUCCCUUGCGUGCCCCUGAGUUGAGUCUCACUAGUCGGAGUCCGAGUGAUAUUCAGGUGUCGUGGCAGCCCCUGUCUUAUAAACUGAGUCGCGGUCGUGUGUCUGCAUACCGUCUGUCAUACAGAACAAGCACAGAAGGAGCAGCGUCCCAACUGGAGCUGUCAGGGCACAGAACCCAUCACCUCCUGGAGGGUCUCCAGCCUGACACCACCUAUCUGCUCCGUAUCGCUGCAACGACCAGUGUGGGCUGGGGUGAGCCGUCUGCCUGGACAUCACACAGAACGCCCAAAGCUUCCAGAAACAAAGUGCCACUGGCACCAGAGCUGCAGUUGGAUACUCUGAACUGCACUACGAUCGUGGUACGUUGGCAUCUCCCAGUGGGCAGCACUACCACCGGACUGCAAGGCUACAAACUUUCAUACCAUGAGGAAAGCCAACCAGACGGACCCCUGACUCAGAUACCCCCACACCACCGCCAGCACAUCAUUGGAGGCCUGGACCCCAGGAAGAAGUAUCAUGUCAAACUUUUGGCCUAUAGUUUCAUGGGUGAAGGUUACCAGGCAGACCAGACCAUCAGCACUCCAGGAUGUGUUUCGGUUCGUGAUCGUUUGGUUCCGCCCCCUCCUCCGCCUCAUCAUGUAUAUGCCCAGAGUAACAGCUCCUCCUCUGUGUUCCUGCACUGGGCCCGACCCGCUUUCACCACUGGACAAAUGGUCAAUUACACCAUCCGUUGCAACCCUGUCGGACUGCAGAACGCUUCACUGGUGCUCUACCUGCAGACUGCUGCUCAGAAUCUGCUGGUGAGUGAUCUGAACCCAAAUACUAAUUAUGAGUUUGCAAUUCGUCUUCAUGUGGAUCAACUGUCAAGCCCCUGGAGUCCUGUGGUGUACCAGACCACAUUACCUGAAGCUCCCACUCGCACUCCUUCAGGAGUCAAAGUGACUCUGAUUGAGGGAGACACGGCGCUGGUGUCAUGGAAACCACCUGACGAGCCCAACAUCGCUGUGAAACACUACACCAUCCUGUAUGCUUCACGCAGAGCAUGGGCGGCCGGAGAGUGGCAAAUCCUGCAAAAAGAAGGGAGUGUCACUAUGGCCUUGCUGGAGAAUCUUCAGUCUGGUCAGGUGUAUCUGGUGAAGGUCUCGGCAUCCAAUCAGAUGGGAGAUGGGCCGUUCUCGCCCGCUGUAGAACUGACCAUGCGUGCUGAAGGCCACAUCUCUCGAUCCCACGGCUCCACCCAUGCUACAGUGUUUAUGCUCUGUGUGCUCCCAGAUGGCUUCUAUCACCUGGAUCAGCAGUCGAUGACUGGUAUAGUGGUGGGCGUGUGUAUCGCUUUAACCUGCAUCAUCAUCUGUAUCCUCAUAUUGACUUGCAGGAGCAAAACUAGGAAAUCCUGUUCCACCAAAUGUAUCAGACAAGCAGGUGGACAGACGCCACCCACUGCUGUGGCCAAUGGGAGCCCAGCAGAGAGUGUGGAGGUGAUGAUGCCAAUGAUGAGGGACCAUUUUGUUGAUGCAAAAGGUGGAACAAAUCUGAUCAUCAAUAGUUACGGGCCGGUGAAACCAACCACUGAGAAAAAGAGAAGAAAAAGAUGGAACUUCUUAAAGAGAGGAGAAAAGGAUGUGAAGAGGGUCCCCAGUCCUUCAUACUCGUAUCAUCAGGGCACCACUCUGCUGUGCUACACCGAGACAUCGCCUGGAUCUCCUCAACACCAGCCGACAUCUCUGCAGGGCCUGUUUGGGCCAUCAGGGGGUGACAGCGAGGGCUCUCAUUCCAGUGAGGGCAGUCAUGAGACGGGUGACUCGGGACGUUACUCUCACGACAAUGCAGAGGCGACCAACCUGUCGCUGGGUGCGAGUAGCCAUCCGGCCUCCCUGCGUGGCGAGGAGAGCGGGGCAUCGGACGAUACACCCGUCCAUGAAGAGCAACAGCCGCAUUUCUUCUGUGACAUGGCAGAGGUGACUGAAAUGACACCUCAGCAGCAGGAAAUGAUGGAGAGAAUCUCUGCGUCCCCGCCUCCAAAGCCUGUUUAG